CCCCUCAGUCACACACAUAUUCAAAGUGAACAACAACUUCACAGAAAGAAAAGCAAAAACACAAAGCAAGCACCUUCAGCCCAAGUCAUCAACCCCCACAACAAUCUCCUUCUUCUUCUUCUUCUUCUUCUUCUUCUUCUUCAAAAGCUCACAAAGAGAAAAACCAUUUUACUUGUCUACCUUGCACCAUGGUUCAAAGAAAAGCAGUUAUCAAGCCAGAAAAGAGCUUUACCACUUCCCACCACUUCCAUCAAGAAACAAGAAACAGGGGAGGAGGUGAAGUGAAGAAGAAGAAGAUAAUGAACCUCCAGUUUGAUGAUGCUUUCAAGAAGAGCUUGCCAAACUAUAUGAAGCCAACAACCUGUUCUGGUGCAAGGAAGGUAACUCCUGUUAAUCCUGUCCAAAGUAAAAUCUCUUGUUCUGGUUCUAAACAUGCAAAGAAUUUGGUGAGAAAGUCUAGUUUGAAGCAUGUUAGAGUAGGGUUAUCUUCAGUUGUUUGUAAUUCAAGGAAAGCUGUGAAAAAGGCAACCUGUUCAUCAACUCAGAAGGAUUUCAAGUUUCCCAAAGCUUUGGAUCUUAAUCCUGGAGGGACUUCAGUGGUUAGGGUUUGUCCUUAUAAUUAUUGUUCUCUGAAUGGUCAUAGACAUGAAGCUUUGCCACCUCUCAAGUCUUUUCUUGAAUCAAGGAGGUUGGCAAUCAAGAUUGAGCAGAGGAUGAAGCCAAAAAAGGAGAUUGAUGCAGGGAAGAAGAAGAAAGUUGUGAAUAAGAAUCAGCCUUUGGUAGAAGAAUUAGGGGAUGAUUUCUUUGUUGAGAUUUAUGUUAAAGAACUUGUGAGUUGUGACCAGAGUGAGGUUGUUAUUGAUGAUAAUGGUAGUGAUUGUGGCAGUGAAUCUUCGAUUUGUGAGAUGGAUGGUAUGAUGAGUCUGAUUGAAUAUGUAGCAUUUGAUCAGAUUGUGAAGGAUGUUGAGGAGAAUAAAUUCGAAUGCAUUGUAUCUGAACAAAAAGGAAUUGAAGAUGCUGCCGAUUCGAAUGAUGUAUUUAUCGCAAGCGAGACUGUUAGUGUGUCUCAUGAUGUUUAUGAAGAUGUUGCCCAUUGUGAUAUUGUUGUAUCCGAACAAAAAGGAAUUGAGGAUGCUGUCGAUUCGAAUGAUGCAUUUAUCACAAGUGAGAUUGUUAGUGUCACUCAUGAAGUUUGUGAAGAUGUUGCCGAUUGUGAGAUUAUUGCAUCUGAAGGAAGAGGAAUUGAAGAUGCUGCCGAUUCGAAUGAUGCAUUUAUUACAAGUGAGAUUGUUAGUGUCUCUCAUGAUGUUUGUGAAGAUGUUCCUGAUGAAGAAGCCUCUGAUGAUGAGAAAGAAGAAAAUUUGGUCGGAGAUUCUUCAGAAGACCAGAGUAACAAAUUGAUUGUUGAAGAGGAGGAGGUAUCUAAAGAGAGUGUCGAAAAUUUGGCAGGAGAAUCAGCACAAGAUUCAGUUACUUUUGAACAACUCAGUGAGAUCGAUAAGAGUACAACAACAACAACAACAGAUAGUGAUCAAGAAUGUUUCGAAGCAAGUGAUGAUGAAACAAAUUGUGAUCAAGAAUGUUUCGAAGCAAGUGAUGAUGAAACAGAUUGUGAUCAAGAAUGUUUCGAAGCAAGUGAUGACGAGACUGAUGGAGAUGCAGAAUUAAUAAAGAUCAGAAACAAUAGAGCAAGAGCUAGUGAUCGAUCUCUUACUGAUAGUCUUUGUGACCAUCCUAAACUAAGAUUGAGGAUCACUAGAAAGAAAAGGACCGAAGAAGAGGAGAUGAUGAUAAGAGUGUUCAAUCCAAGGUCACCGAAUUUUCUCCCAUGCCAACCAGAGCCUGAUAAUGAAAAGGUAGAUCUUAAGCAUCAGGAGAUGGAUGAUAGGAAGAAUGCCGAAGAGUGGAUGGUAGACUAUGCGCUCCGACAAGCUGUGACGAAACUCUCCCCUGCGAGUAAAAGAAAGGUAGCUCUACUUGUUAAAGCCUUUGAGACUGUUAUUCCAAUGAGAAUACAAGCUUGCAGCUAAUGGUUUUCAGGCAACAUAAUCAUUAAUUGCUAAGCUUUUUCUUAUGCUAAUGUGUGAAGUCUAGUCUCUUAAUUAAACUGUAAUCUGAUAGAGUUCUGUAUAUUGAAAGUGUUAAUUAUCAAUGUUUGGUUAAAAUUAUGUGUUGUAGUACUUGAAGGGAAUUGUGAACUUGGUUAUUUAAGAGUUGCAUGUGCCUUCAAGUAUAUAAAUUGUGUAGUCAAAUUGUGUAAAUUAUGGUAUCAAUAAGAACCACUAGAGCUUGUUUGUUUACUACAAUCAUAUAGCUCUAGCUCUGGCAAAGAUAUUGUACUGUGGUGGAUUUAUGUUAUAGAGUUAAAUUUA